AGAAAAUUCGCAGGUGACUGACGGUAGUCUUUGUCAUAUAUAUAGUGUGGACCGGCUUUCUCCGUGGACAGACUGGAAAUCACAACUUGCCAUGAACCUGUUCGUGGCCUCGCUGCUGGCCGCACUGGCCGGCGCGCGCUCGCAGUGCAUCUCGCAGAACGACGCCAUGGCUCCCCCAGCGUCGCCGGACCUCACUCCUCUCAAUGACUUCGGCAUCAACCUCUUCAGGAAGGUCGUGUCUCCGUCGAAGAACUUCAUCUUCUCGCCCUUCAGCGUCUGGAGCGCCCUCACCCUAACUUACUUCGGCUCCAAUGGCAACACCAAAUCCCAGAUGGAACAGGUGCUUCGCUUGACCAACAGAGAAGACGUUCUGGCUACCUUCAAGGCCGUCGAAAACAUAUAUACUUCGAGAAACAACAAUUAUACCAUUGAUACAGCAAACAGAAUCUAUGCAACGGAAACCCUCACGCUGAAGGACUGCCUGCAACAGGUGUUCUCGGAUAAACUGAAAAUGUUAAACUUUAGCAACGUUGAUCUUGUAGUUGAAACCGUAAACCAGUUCGUCAGCACCACCACCCGUGGCAAGAUAACUUCGAUCGUGACACCCGACAUAGUCAAGGAGACCGCGAUGAUCCUUGUCAACGCCAUUUAUUUUAAGGGCUUUUGGAAACGGAAAUUCGAGGCGAAAGACACGAUUCCAAGGAAGUUUUUCAUCUCGGCAAAUGAACAUGUGAUGGUCGAUAUGAUGCACCAGUACGGAGAGUUCAAGUACGGCUUCUCCAAUGAGCUCGACGCCCAGGUCCUGGAGAUGCCCUACCGAGGGAACGGCGCCUCCAUGUACGUGUUCCUGCCGAAGGACAAGAAAACUGGCCAGGAGCUUGACGACAUGCUGGGGCGCCUCAACCCCGACUCGCUCGCCGCUGCCCUCCGUCAACUAGUAUAUGAAGAUGUGGUUGUUCGGUUUCCCAAGUUCAAAUUCGAUAGGCUCUCAAGGCCCUUGGCAUCACCGACCUCUUCUCCGGCGCCUCCGACUUAUCUAACUUUGCCCCCCGCGACAAGAUCGCCGUCUCGAGGGUGAUCCACAAGGCGGUGAUCGAGGUCGACGAAGAAGGCGCAGAAGCAGCAGCGGUGACGGCUGUCAUAGGCGCGGUCAUCGUCUCUAUCCAACCGCCUUCGCCGCCCGUCAAUUUCUUCUGUGAGCGCCCAUUCUUCUUCGCGAUCGUCGACACCAAGUUGAAUAACAUCCUCUUCAUGGGAACUUUCAGAAAACCUUGAGUGCAGACUGGGUUUUUUCGAAUUUCGGAAGGUGUUUUUUCUCCAAUCGAUUGAAAGUUUUGAUUGUUUAAUUUGAGAUUAACCUAAUGAAAACGUUUGAUUUG